AUGCCCCAGCUCCUAGAUGACGAGAAUCGAACGGUCGGCUGGUAUCGCACACAUCGUCGCGGUGCAAUAAGUCGGCUGGGUGCGGAUCUGGGUAGCGAGCAGCUAGAGCUCCUCCAGGGCAACCUCGAAGUGCUGGUAGUUAAGGUGGUGGACACGCCAAAGGGGCGCCGGGCGAUGCUCGCCAACGGCGGGUGGGUGCUGGAACCAUUGCCAACACGAUUGAAUGGCGUGGGCAUGCGGCGUGAGUCGGGGAGCUGGGCUGAGUGGUUGGAUGCGCUGGCUCGGACCAUGAGCGGACGGCUGCGCGAGCCCUCAGAUGGUGAAAAAAUGCUCGCACGACUCGCGCGUGAUAGGAUUGGCGAGCUCGGCGUUGUGAGACGGCGAGAUGGCCUGUGUUGCGAGGGCACAGUUGCAGAUCUGCAAGCGGCGCUAAGGUACUUCGAAUAUCUUGAUGAUGGUGAGCGAGAGCGUAUUUCCGACCUAGCGGACGCAAUUUGGAAGUCCGAGCUGGAGGUGGACCCCGUGCCGCUGGUCUCAACAUGUCCGUCUGAACUUCAAGACAAUCGAAGCCAAAAGCCUCUAGCACCAGCUGACUCCUUGGCGGCCGCUCUGCAAUCGCUCGCCAGUUAUCUGAGUGUUAGUUUCGGCACUCUCACACCCUCAUCCUUCGUGUCCCGUCAGAGCUCCAGCGAUGCUACUUCGCAGCUUGAUGCUCGACGCAAGGCAGCGCGCGUCGCGCUCAGUGGAGUUGACAACCUGGCCUGGCGCAAGUCCCAAGACAGGCGCAAACCCAGCAUCCUACCAAGGCCAACUUAA